AUGCCAACUAUGAUGAUUAUUCCUCUGCUUUUGCUCCACAUAACUUUUGGGAUGCUAACGUUGAAAUGUCCUUUAAAUUUGAAGCCAGACCAAAAUGUGCUACUGAAUUUCUACAGACCAGGAGAGCAUGUCAUCGGUGGGAUCACUAAUUUCAAAAUUGUACAAGACUUCUUCUACGAUUCAUUUGACACAGCUCCCGUUGUUUAUUGGAGUCUAUCAGCCUCCAGAGCAUGGAAACUCCUGUCCUUCCUUUUUGCUUUUGAGGAGAUUAAUCAGAAUCCCCAAAUCUUACCCAACAUCACCUUGGGCUACAAUAUUUAUGAUAAUGGUCUCACCACAAGGCGAACUUCGGAGGCUUUGCUGGAUCUGCUGUCAAAGGGAGAGGCAGAUGUUCCAAAUUAUAGCUGUGGUAAGCAGAGAAACACUCUGGUGGUCCUUGAAGGAGUUGAUGCAGACAUGUCCAUCCAUAUCUCAAACUUGCUGAACCUCUACAAGAUCCCACAGGUCCGCUCUACUUUUCCUCCUCUGAUUUUGAGGGACAGACAGCAUUCCCCCUUUUUUUACUCCACUUUUCCCAUAGAAACAAAUCAAUAUCUCGGGAUCCUCAAACUCCUCCAGUAUUUCAAGUGGACACUGACUGGACUCCUUGCUACAGAUACCGAAAGUGGGGAGAAAUUUCUGAGACUCUUCACAUCCAUACUUGACCAGAAUGGUAUUUGUGUUGUUUUUACACGAACCAUUUCAGCAUCUAAACCUGACUUUAAGGAGAAGGAUGCUGGUCUUUUGUAUAGAAAAGUUAAAGUCUUUAUUUACCGUGCUGAGAUUGAAACCUUCAUACAUGGAUUUUCAGCUACACUAAAUUUCCUGAUGAGGAAGAAGGGAUAUGUUCUUCACCCUUUCCUGCACAUCUCCCAGUAUUACAAUAAUUCCAUAGAGGGAGUAUAUGUAGACGAGAAAGGGGACCUGGCAGCUGACUUUGACAUCACGUACUGGCCCCUGCCAAGUUCUCGGUGUAUGGAUAGCUGCCUACCUGGAUUUGUCAGGCUGCUGGACCCCAUGAAGCCAGUUUGCUGUUACAGUUGUGCUCCUUGUGCAGAGGGGACCAUCUCCACUCAGGAAGAUGCUGAAAAGUGUGUAAGAUGCCCUGAAGACCAGUACCCAAACAAAGACCGAGAUCAGUGUGUUCCUAAGGUGAUAAUCUUCCUAUCCUACACAGAAGAUUUGGGGAUCAUCCUCACUUCCUUUGCUUUACUUUUCUCUUUGAGCUCCGGCUUUGUUUUAAGCAUCUUUGUUAAGCACAUGAAAACUCCAGUAGUCAAAGCCAACAACCGGGAUCUGUCCUACCUGCUCCUUAUUUCUCUCCUGCUUUCCUUCUUGUCUUCCUUUCUGUUCAUUGGCCAGCCAAGGAAAAUCACCUGCCUUCUGCGACAAGCAGCCUUCAGCAUCAUUUUCUCAGUGGCUGUCUCUUCUCUCUUGGCCAAAACAAUCAUGGUGGUGCUGGCCUUCCUAGCCACCAAGCCAGGCAAUCGUGUGAGGAAAUGGUUGGGGAAGCCUUUGGGCAACUCCAUUGUUCUUUCUUGUUCUUUUGUCCAAGUUACAAUCUGUACUAUCUGGUUGGGCACUGUACCCCCUUUCCCAGAUUCGGGCAUGCAUUCCCAGGCAGGAGAGAUUGUGCUGCUGUGCAAUGAAGGCUCAGUCACUAUGUUUUAUGCUGCACUUUGCUAUAUGGGCUUCCUGGCAGCUGUUUGUUUAGUGGUGGCAUUCCUGGCCCGGAGGCUGCCUGGAGCCUUUAAUGAAGCCAAGCUUAUCACCUUCAGCAUGCUGGUCUUCUGUAGUGUUUGGGUCUCCUUUGUGCCCACCUACCUGAGUACCAAGGGCAAAUACAUGGUGGCUGUGCAGGUCUUCUCCAUGUUGGCCUCCAGUGCUGGGUUGCUGGGCUGCAUCUUUUUCCCCAAGUGCUACAUCAUUCUUUUUCGACCUGAUUUGAAUAGAAAGGAACAGCUUAUUCUGAAAAGUGAAAGGGAAAUGUGAUUUUAAAUGUGCACCAUUUAUAAAGCAGUAUGAAAUCCAUUUGGUUAUCUCUGUUCCCAAAGGAAAAUGUGUGUUAGUUUCUUAGGGAAAUGUAUUCUGUUUGCCUUAUAUGUUUAAGUAACACCCAAUUUGUUAAAAAUAAAAACUUGUUUAAAGGAGUGGUAGAAUCAGAACUUAAAUUCUACCCCACAUAAACACACACACACAGUCACAUAGACAUACAAUUAUAUAAAAAAGGAAAAGAAAGAAAUAAUAAUUAGGACUUCUGCAGAAAUCAAACUCAAUAUUUUGUGAGACGUUGAUCAUUGUUCUCUGAUUGCAUGUAGUGCUGUAUAUGAAAUUUUCUGUGGUGUGACAUUGGAUUUCCUGGGUUAAUUUUGCACUUGAUACUUUCCCUGAUAAAAAAACCAAGAGCUUGGGUUUAACUAGUCUCUAUGAGAAACUGUAGGUUUGUAUUGUCUUCUCUAGUACUAUGGUGAAUUGAUCCAAUAAAUGGAGUUGCUAUGGUGAAUGAUGGCAUUUGUUACACUUGUGAUCUUUAUCCUCUGUUCCAUUGUCCAGCUGUCUUUGCCCAUAUUUCAGGAUAUCUAAAAAUAAUACUGACAUUUGCUGAAGUUCUUUUUUCUCACUACAAAAGAUCAAUGAUAUAGAUUGUUAACAGAUAUCUACUCUAAUCAUCAAACAGUACAAUUUACUGAAGGGGCUUAUAUGGGUCAUUCCAGAAUAUAUCUCAGACCAUGCUCCCAGUUGUUCUCUUUUCAGAAGGGAAGAGUUUGGUCAGUGAACAACCUGUUAACAAUCAUACAGUCCAAUGGCAAUCGUGCCUAAGGACAGACAUAAUGGUUAAACUAUUAAAGAAGACCUUCCAAAAAUAUACCGAGAAUUGUCCAAUUAAAACAGCCAUAUCUUAAAGACACUUGCUAUACACACCAAUGAGCAACAAGCAGCUAACAGGGAAUUUAGAGCUGAUUCCCCUCCCAAAUCUACUAAGAGAGAAAGAAAUAACUGCUGAAGGCAGAAAAAGGGUUGAAAACAUGCCUUGAUUUUCCUUUCAAAUCCACACAAUCAGAAUUUCUUUUCC